ACUGAACAAGUACGUUUGAAAAUCGGAUGCGUGAAAGUUGCGAAUAUUUUUUUGCUUAUUAAUUGAAAUAAAUUUUUUGAAAUACAUUUUAAAAAUGAUAGAUCUUUUUGAGUUAAAAAAUCUCAGUGAAUUAGAAAAUUUAAGAGACUUAUACCGCCGUGAUUGGCCAAACUAUUGUGUGGGUUAUUAUUGUUUGGAUAAUUUUUUAAAAUGGAAAAAGAAAGAUGCACAAUUAAAAAAUCUCAGAAUCUUUACGUCAACUAAAGAAGAAGGUCUUUACGUGAUUAUAGAUCGUUAUCAGUUGUUCUUGGGUUCUUUGAAUAAAGACAAUUGUGAUAAUUUAACGGAGGCUUUAAAGAGCUUAGAUUGGUCGAAAGGCUUUAAAGUGAGUUCAUUUUUAGAAUGUCACAGACCGGCAGUAUUGAAUACAGUGGAAAGUAAAAAACUUCAUUUAGAAUAUGAUAGUUUGACCAUAAUGUAUUAUCUGCCAAAUGCAGAGGCUAAAAUGUUGGAUGUAAGUUGCCCGAAAGGUUUUAUUAUAAAACCUCUUACUUCUUCUAAAGAUGCUGAGCUGAUUAAUUCCUUGUGGCCCAAUCGUCAUGAAGGUUCUUUAUUUUUAAUUAAACGUUUAAUUGAUUGGAAUAUAAAUAUGGGUAUUUAUGUUGAAGCUACAAAUGAACUGGUUGCCUGGUGUUUGAGACUGCAAGGAGGUUUCCUGGGAGCUUUACAAGUUAAAGAAGAAUACAAACGUUUAGGCUUGGGAGCCGCAGUAACACGUGCCACUUCCCGACGCAUAGCCGAAGAUGGAGAUGAUGUUAUGGCUUUGGUUAAUAAGGAUAAUAUACCAUCGCGUCGUACUUUCGAAAAGUUAAAUUUCAAAGUAACCGAACAGUGUUAUUGGCUGAAGACAUUUCCCUCUUUAGAAAAUUAUAAUUGGCCUGAAGAUGAAAAAAUGACGAUAUUACAAAUUUUAAAUGAUGUUAAUGAUCUUAAAUAUUUACGCGAUUUAUAUCGCAAACAUAUACCAAAAACUGCACACGGUUAUUAUACGUUAACGAAUUUUAUAAAAUGGUUUGAAUUAAAUCCCAGCAUUGAUCAUGUCAAAGUUUAUGUGCUGGACAAUAAAGGGGAAAGUGGUUUCUUUAUUGUAUUGGAUAGUUAUCAAUUGUUUAUUAACACUUUACAAUACAAUGUUGACGAGGUGUCUAUGGCUUUAAAAUCGUGGGACUGGAGUCGUAAAUAUAAAAUUUUUGCUCUGCCAGCUAUUUUAUUUCCUGUUGUUGAAAAAACAUUGAAAGAGCUGAAUAUGAAUAUUAGAAUGACUACUCUUAAGAUAUAUCAAAGAGAUCAAAGUUUUAUGGCUACUAAAGAGAUUGAUAUUCCAAAAACAUUAGAGCUUCGACCCUUAUCUGUCACAGAUGCUAACCUGAUUAAUGAUACGUGGUACUCACGACAAAAUGGUUCUCUUGAAUUCUUACAAUCUCUGAUAAAAUACAACAUCAAUUUGGGUCUAUAUAGAAAAGAUACAGAUGAGUUGGUGGCUUGGUGUACCAGAUGUCAAUGUGGUUUUCUGGGCACUCUUCACGUGAAGGACGACUACCGCGGACAAGGUUUAGCCACCGUAUUAAUUGAAACAUUUUCACAAAAAAUCAUUGAAUGUGGAGAAGAUGUACGCACAUUAAUAAACAGUAAUAACUUGGCGUCGCAAAAACUUUUCGGAAAAUUAGGUUUCAAAUAUCAGGAGGAUGUAUUUAUUAUGUAUAAUUAGUCAUGAUUUAGAAAUAAAUUGUUGUUAGAAAAUUAUAA